AUGGUAUUGAUUGUUGCUUCGUUAUUUUUGCCGUUCCAACCUCAGUUUGAAAUCAAUGCGUCCGAAACUGAGGCUGCGGCGCUCGUUGAGUCUCAACCAAUAAAGAUUCCGACGGCUCCCACAGGAGUAGCGUCCGAGAGUGGAAGUAAUUUGGGACGCAAACGAACAAGCUCCGUGCACUCUAAUUCUCCAUUCGCUAGCUUGGAUAACAAUAUUGGUUCUGAACUCGCGGAUGGUCCCUCGAAUCGACGCGGUUCGGAUGCUACGAAAGCUGAUAGCCCUGGUAUUUCUUCAGAGAUGUUCAUGGAAAAUUUAACAGCCAAUGCUACCAACACAAGCGUAGCAGCAACACCUGCCAACCCAAUUCAGAAUCGUGGGAAUACCUCUAUCGAGGAGUUUUUUUCUUCGGGGAAUCAUGGCCUAUUGUCCAAUGGCACUGACUUGAAUAGCGGAGUCUCGAGCAGAAACUUUUCAGUGACCUCCACACCUGGUCAUGAGGCCGCCCACAAUAGUGGGCAUGAUUCUACAGCAAACCUCCUAAAGAGUGUAAAUAGGUCUCUCUACCAAAGUGUUUUGAACAAUAGCAACUCCACGACCGCUCUUGAGGGAAAAACUCCUUCGCACUCAAAUGGAACAGUUAUCACACCAAGAUCUAGGAACUUGCCCGACUUAAACUCAAGCGUUGUCGAACUUCCUAAAGCCAAACAGCAACAACAGCAAUUUUCGUUGCCCGCCAUGAAAAUGGUUCAUAGAAAGUCUUCGGGAGCGACCCCACCCAUCUUGGGAGACCUAAGGGACUCAACUGCUCCGCUUACGGCUUCUAAUUUGAAGCACGCUGUACAUGCUUAUGAUCCUUCUUUUAGAAGUCCUACUCCUUCUGGACUAAGAAAUAACGUUAUUGAAGAAAGUGAUAGUGACAACUUGACCUCAGAUAACGAAGACGAGGCCGAAAGUAACAAACGUCACAGCAUGCGUGUACCUCAAUUUGGCGGUUACUCAAAUAACGCAAAAUUACGAGCUUCUCUUUUAAGAGGAUCAUGUAAUAUCUUUGAAACUGUGCCGUGGAAGAUCGUUCCCUCAGGAAAAGGUAAUGGUGGUCUAAAAAAUGCUAUAAGUACAGCUGUGUUAGAGAAGACGAUUGAUGAACCAGUUACGUGGGUUGGGACUGUUGGUAUUCCUACAGAUAGUAUACCCAAAGAUGUUUUAAGUAAUAUCGUAGGUGAGCUUGAGAGUACUUAUCACUCAGCUGCAGUUAUAUCCGACGAUAUCACAUUCAAAGGUGCCUAUAAGAACUUCUGCAAACAGAUAUUAUGGCCUACUUUGCAUUAUCAAAUACCAGAUAACCCGAAUUCUAAAGCCUUCGAGGAUCAUUCAUGGAAUUACUAUCAGCAUUUAAAUCAGCUAUUUGCUGAUAAAAUAGUUGCAACAUAUCAAGAGGGGGAUAUCAUUUGGGUUCACGACUAUCACUUGAUGCUGGUCCCAGGAAUGGUAAGGCAAAAGUUACCUCACGCUAAGAUUGGUUUCUUCCUGCAUGUUUCAUUCCCAAGUAGUGAGGUUUUCAGAUGUUUUGCUCAAAGAGAGAAUAUUCUUAAUGGUAUUCUGGGGGCUAACUCGGUUGGCUUUCAAACACAGGAGUAUGCGAGACAUUUCCUUCAAACAUCAAAUAGGCUGCUUAUGACAGACGUUGACAGCAAAGCUCUGAAGUACAAAGGAAGAAUCAUAGCCGUCAGCAGCACACCAAUCGGUAUUGAUGCUUUCAACUUAGAAGCACAGCUCCAGAAUGAUCAAGUCAGCAACUGGCGUCAACUCAUCCGCGGGAGAUGGGCGGGUAAAAAAUUGAUUGUAUGUCGUGAUCAGUUUGAUCGUAUUCGCGGUUUGAGGAAGAAGCUGGUUGCGUAUGAGAGAUUUUUGAGAGCCAAUCCCAAAUAUAUCUCUAACGUAGUUAUGAUCCAAAUAUGUUUGGGAUCUGAUCGUGACCCAGAGCUGGAGAGAGAAAUUAUGGUGGUCGUGGAUAGGAUCAACUCUUUGUCUUCCGACAUUAGUAUUUCUCAGCCAGUUGUAUUUCUCCACCAAGAUUUGGACUUUGCACAAUAUCUCGCUUUGAACUGCGAAGCAGAUCUCUUUUUGGUGAAUACCAUGAGAGAGGGAAUGAACUUGACUUGUCAUGAAUUUGUGGUAUGUUCGCGAGAGAAAAAUGCACCAUUACUCUUGUCUGAGUUUACUGGUAGUGCCCAUGUUUUAAAGUGUGGAGCAUUUUUGAUAAAUCCCUGGGAUAUCAAACAUGUCGCUCAAACAAUAAAGAUCGCACUUGAAUUACCAAAAGAAGAGAAAAGACGCCGGUGGAAAAAGAUGUUCAAAAGCAUUAUGAACAACGAUUCAGACAAUUGGAUUGAGUCCUCAUUGUCAAGCAUUCAGAAUUCUUGGGAAUUCAAUCACGAACGGUCGACGGUGUUUAAUCUGUCAUAUGAGCAAUUAUAUUCUAGCUUUGUGGCGUCUAAAAAGCGUGUCUUUAUUCUGAAAAUAUCGGAACCUCCUACUUCAAGAACAUUGUCUAUUUUGACUGAAUUAACUACCAAUAACAUAGUCUACAUCAUUAACUCAUUUUCGAGAAAUAUGUUGGAGAGACUUUACUCGCGUACUCCACAUGUUGGCUUGAUAGCUGAAAAUGGUGCAUAUGUUAGGUUGAAUGGUCACUGGUUUAACAUUGUCGAGGAUGUUUCCUGGAAGAACGAUAUUAUCAAAGUAAUUGAAGAUAAAGUGGAAAGGCUUCCUGGUUCUUACUACAAAACGGGAGAGUCAAUGAUUAGAUUUCAUACGGAAAAUGCGGAGGAUCAAGACAGAGUCUCAAGUGUUGUUGGAGAAGCAAUCACGCAUGUGAACACACUAUUCGGUGACCGUGGUAUUCACGCUUACCUUCAUAAGAACAUUGUCUUUGUGCAGCAAAUUGGGUUAGCCAUGAAGGCCCUGCAGUUUUUGCUUUCCUAUUUCAACUCUGUCGGCUCGACGACAAACUCGACUCCGCAAAGAUCACAAGAAAACUCCCCUAUGUUAAGUCCGAUAGUGACUCCCAGCUUGGCAAGUGGUUUAACCACACCUGGUACUACUAGUGCUAACAACUCGUAUUUCAGUUUGGGCAGAAAUAUUACACACAUUGAUUUUCUUGCCAUUACGGGAUCUUCUUCACCGGUCGUUGAACCUUUAUUUGAAUAUGUCAAUGAACUUGUAAAGAGUGGAAGUUUAUCUUUCGGCUACAGUGUUGUCUAUGGUUCCACGACUUCUACGUAUGCCAAAGAACAUAUUGAAGGUUUGAAUGAGUUAUUUUCUAUGCUUGACAAACUUGCUCAAGUCCAUUAA